AGCUACAGCCCAUUGAUUCAACUUUGCCCAAGCUGAAAGGCUGCCAGGAGCAUUAUCAUAGCAGAAUAAACUUGGUACAAAUCAAGGCUUGAAGGACCCCGGCACAGGACUCCUCCCGCCGCACCAAAAGUACCCAUCGGCAAGAUUGCAAUACGCCACCAUGGGUCCCGGAAAGGAAAAGUUCGCUCUCAUCACCGGCUGCGGCGAUGGAGGCAUUGGCCACGCGUUGGCCAACAACUUUGUUCAGAACGGCUUCAUCGUCAUCGCCACCCUGCUACCCCACGAAUCUCGAACCCACCUCGAACAUGCGAAAAUCCAUGUCAUUGACCUCGACGUCACCAAGGAGGAUCAGAUGAUUCCUUUCAGGAGCACGUUGGAGGAAAUCACAGGCGGAACCCUUGACGUGCUGGUCAAUAACGCAGGUAUCUGCUACACCAUGACAGCGGCCGACACGGACGUGAAGCAAGUCGAGAAGAUGUUUGCCGUCAACGUCUUUGGACCCAUGCGGCUGGUGCACCACCUACACCGCAUGCUAAUUGCCGCCCCACGCGGCGUCAUCGUCAACAUCGGCUCGAUCGGAGGCGUGUGUCCUUAUGUGUUUGGGGCAUCCUACAAUGCCACCAAGGCGGCCCUUCACCACUGGGGAAACACUCUUCGUGUGGAGAUGAAGCCGUUUGGCGUACAUGUUGUCAACAUCAUCUCGGGAGAAGUCGCGACCAACAUCCUCAAGAGCGACGUGCGAGACAACCGCACACUCCCCGAGGACUCGGUAUACGCACCAUUGGCGCAGCUGUUCAAGGACCACGUCAACCGCACGCCCGACGCCAUGUCGCCAGACGACUACGCCCGCGGCGUUGUGGCUAUGGUGCAGAGGCGGUCGCUGCCUGCUUGGUUCUGGCACGGCAACGCGACGGGGUUUAUCUGGACCCUGGACAGCUUUUUCCCUCGAACCAUAUGGGACUGGCUUUUCACUCGAUGGUUCAAGUUGGAAAACUUGGUGGGCACACAGGGAUGAGGCCUUGUCGGCUCAUUGGGAUACACAAUAGACAGUCUAGUCUAGUGAUAAAAUCUUCAUAUCCUUGGGUUCCAAUGAAGCAGUUUUGAUAUCUGCUUGCCGUCCCCCCUCAAAUUCCCUGUCACCCUCGCCUUGCUGCGUGCACUGUUUUGUCCUUUUCAGGUUCAAAAGCUCUACUAGACCACAAGAGAAGUACAAAGCUGUUGUAUUUACCACGGCAUAUCUUGAACUUGUUCUCCGAGUACAGUAUACAAACAUGUUCUCUUGAGACGAGACGAGAAACGUGGAGAAGCGAGACUGACAAUUGAGGGCAGAUGCAGUCAAUUUCGUCUGUGUACCAGCUCUUGGACGGAUCUGAGGAUGGCGGGGCCGGGUAGUGACAGAAUAUAGGAGAUUCGUUGCAGAUUAUGAUUGCAAGAUGAUGCAUAUCAGAGCCUCCUAUUAUUUGUGGAUUUCAGGUAGCUAAUAUAGUGGAAGAGGGGAAAUAUUUCAAGUGAACCAUGUCAAGCAAUCUACCUAUAUGAUCACGAAUCACAGGUGAAAAUUCCCUCGCUUCUGAGACAAAAUAAUUGACAUCGAAACCCGGCGUGUGAGCACCAGGUUCUCCUUCUACAAAAG